CAUUUUAAUUUUCUCUCCCAGCCCAAGAACCAACGGCAGAGUUCUCUCGAUCGAUUUCUCUGAAUCCAUCAAUCUAACUGGCUGCAGAUCGAUCUCUGUCCACUUUCCCGAUCUACCCCCGCCUUCAUUCUCUCUUCUUCCCUAUUUCAACUUCCAACGGAGGGAUUCUCACCGACGGCCAUCAAUCGUCUUCACACGGUGCCGCCGAUUUGAGCAAUGGGUAAGAAAAAGAAGAGAGCAGUGGAUAAGGUAUGGUGCUAUUACUGCGAUCGGGAGUUCGAUGACGAGAAGAUACUCGUCCAGCAUCAAAAGGCCAAGCAUUUCAAGUGUCACGCCUGCCACAAGAAGCUUUCAACUGCAAGCGGCAUGAUUAUCCAUGUCCUCCAGGUUCACAAGGAGACUGUUGCCAAGGUUCCAAAUGCUAAAGAUGGGCGUGAUUCGGCCGACAUCGAGAUAUAUGGUAUGCAAGGGAUUCCGCCUGAUGUUUUAGCCGCUCAUUAUGGAGAAGAAGAGGAUGAUACCCCUUCUAAGCUGCUUAAAGUUGAUACUCCAUCAUCUCAAUACAUCCGCGGUGUCACGCCUAGCUAUCCUCAGUCUAAUAGAUUCCCUCCAGUAUUUAAUCCUGCAUUCCAAUUCCCUCAAGCUGGUUGGCAAGUUCCUCCUCGUCCUCAAUCCUGGUUCCCACAGAACCCCUCUGUUUCACUUCCUACUGCACCAUUAGGUGUUCAACAACAGUUGUUCCCUAUACAGACUGUGAGGCCUCCUGUACAAUCAAUGCCUGUGGGUCCUCCCGGAAUCCCGUCCAUGUCCCCUUCUGUUCCAGUAUCUCAACCUUUGUUCCCUGUUGCUGCCAAUAAUAAUAUUACUUCACAAAGUGCAGCAUUUCCCACAUCUUUAUCACCGAAUAUUCCUCUGAGCUCUCAACCAGAACCGAUGCCCAUGAGUGAACCACUUGCAAAUAAUACUUUUGGGGCAAGUAGCUAUAACUUUCAUGACAUUCAAGGUGGAACACCUGUGAGCUUGCAUUCUUAUGCAUCUGGUCCAAACACUAAUGGCCCCUCGAUUGGACCUCCACCUGUAAUCGCAAACAAAGCCCCCUCUAUACAGCCUGGCAUAAAUGAGGUGUAUCUAGUCUGGGAUGAUGAGCCAAUGUCUAUGGAAGAAAGACGGAUGCUUUUGCUCAAGCAUCAGGUGCAUGAUGAAACUAGCCAGGUAAGUCACGAUUACCUUGUACUUGUGUUUAUUUUGUAUAGGUAUGCACAUCUAACAAGAAUGAUAGACAUUCACACUUAUAAAUUGUACACACAUUCACUUCAAGAAGCAUUUUCUUCCUUUACUAAUAUUAAAGGAAGUGUACUGUGCUUGCAAUUCUUACCAUUCUUCUUCUUCUCCACAUUUGAUGGUUACCAAUGAUCCAAGUAGGUAUUAUAUUUCAGUUUUCUUUUUGUGAUUAAACUGUGAAGUCAACUUGCUCCCCCCCAGGUCAGCUCUUCCAGAGUUUGUCAUGGACGACAAAGAAGCAAUGUUGUACUAGAGUACACUUUUAUUUUAUUUUAUGUAUAUUUGAAAUUUCAAAUUAAUAGAUCUUAAUGUGUACUGUCCAAGUUGAUGUGUUGACAUGUAUUGUGCUUAUAUGUUCCAGAUGAGCUCAAUUGAUGCAGCUAUAGACAUGAGGAUAUCUGCAAGCAGGCUUGCUGGUCGAAUGGGGUUCUAGAGGUUCAUUACUUAAUUUAGAUUACUGUAGUGGAAAAAGAAGUCCAUGAAAGUAGUAGUUAGUAGUAAUGAAAAGCUUGACAAGAAGAUAUAUUUGUUUAUUGGUGUUACCUGGUUAGUCAUCAAUUAUUUAAUCUUCUUCCUCCUCCUCCUCCUCCUCUACAUUCAGAAAAAUAGUUUUUAUCAUAAGAACAGUGAUGGAUAAGGUUAGUUGUCAUUUGUUCUGCUUUCUUUUUCUUCUUCUUUUGAGAAAAGAUAGUGGUAAAACAGUGUUGAGGAUUUUGUGUUAAAUACAGAGAAAAGAUAUUGAAUA